AUGUGGGUGAAAUCUUGCAUCCUUCUGUCUCUCCUCGCCGUCGCCACCUAUGGUCAGGCUCAUUUGAAAUACACGAAAGAAGCGAACGAUCCAGAGUACGUUGAGCGUCAUGUGCAUAGUCAGGGACACGGACACGCUCAUGGAGGACAUGGACAUGCUCAUGACGCUGAUGGAGGUUGCCCAUACGCCAAAGCUGCCGCUGCUGAAGCCGCCGCUGCUGCUGCUCAUGGACAUGCCCACGACCACGAUCACGGACACGCUCACGACCAUGGACAUGCUCAUGAUCAUGGUCACGCUCACGAUCAUCAUGGACACUCUCAUGAUGAAGAAGACAUCCACGACCACGACCACGGACACGCUCACGAGCACCAUGGACACUCUCAUGGAGAUCACGGACAUUUUCACGGAGCCGAGCAAACCAGGAAAGCCGCUAAGCAAGUUGCCUCUGAGUACCAAUACACUGGAGCUCUCUCCUUCCUCAACGACGCCAAGACCAGACUCUGGGUGUACGGAAUCUCUGCCACACUCCUUAUCUCUGCCGCUCCAUGCUUCAUUCUUAUGUUCAUUCCAAUUCAAGCCAACACCUCAGAGUCUGGCCCCCUUCUCAAGGUUCUUCUCGCUUUCGGAUCCGGAGGACUUCUCGGAGACGCUUUCCUCCAUCUGAUUCCUCACGCCACUCCAGCUGGAGACGGACAUGGACACUCGCAUUCUCAUGGACAUUCUCAUGGAGGAGCUGGAGGACACUCUCAUGGAGCUCAUGACAUGAGCGUUGGAGGAUGGGUUCUUGCAGGAAUCAUCGCAUUCUUAACGGUCGAGAAGCUGGUUCGUAUUUUGAGAGGAGGAGAGGGUCACGGACAUUCUCACGGACAUUCCCAUGGUGGGGAGAAGAAGGAGACUAAGGAGACCAAGGAUAAGGAUUCCAAGGAUAAGGACUCCAAGAAGGAAAAGGAAUGCAAGAAGGACGAGCAAACUAUUAAAGUCACCGCUUAUCUCAACCUUGCCGCCGAUUUCGCCCACAACUUCACUGAUGGACUUGCCAUCGGAGCUUCUUUCAUUGCUGGAACCACAGUUGGAGUCGUCACCAUGAUCACUGUUCUCGUCCACGAGGUUCCCCAUGAGAUUGGAGAUUUCGCAAUCCUCAUUCAAUCCGGAUACUCAAAGAAGAAGGCUAUGCUCAUUCAACUUGUCACUGCUCUUGGAGCCCUCUCUGGAUGUGUAAUCUCUCUCCUCGCCACUGACGCUGACGCUCUUGCCGAUGCUGCCGCCAGCUCCUGGGUUCUUCCAUUCACUGCCGGAGGAUUCAUCUAUAUCGCCACUGUCUCUGUGAUCCCAGAACUUUUGGAGAACAGCUCCUUCUUCCAGACAAUCAAGGAGAUCUUUGCGCUUCUUACUGGAAUCUUCCUCAUGUAUCUUAUCGCUAUUUAUGAAUAA